AUGGCGCUUUUUGUAGACCUUGGAGACGAAGAAACGGAGCCACCCCAGGAUUUCCACGGCGGACAACCCGUCUGGAGGUCCGAUCCAGACCAAGGCUGCCGGCCGCCCUCGUCAUCAAACCACCCAGCUGCCGUUGUCGGCGCAACACCGGUCGGCGACUCAAUUAGAGGCGUGGAUGACAUGGAUGCGGAGUCGACGUCGGAACGCGACACAAAUCCCAAUCAGAACGCGACUACGAGGGCAUUGGGGUGCUAUCCGUAUGCGGAAUACCUCCCCUUUUCCUUUCCCCUAUUUAUUAUCGUGACGAUCUCUCGGUUUCUCGAUCUCAACUCGCUCGAUAACCUCUCGCGAACCUGCCGCCAGGUCCACGCGGACCUGCUGCAGUACCGCAAAAUCCUUAUGAUGUCGGCUCUACGUUGCACCAAUGAGGAAGUCCCCGUCGAUCCCGAGGAGACACUGCGAUACCGCGCGCGUGCCGGCAACUGGUAUUACAUGGAAGACGCUAGCCGCACUAGCUAUGCCGGGAAAGCUGGUAGCUGUGCACGAGAUCUCGUCUCCGAGUGCCGGCGAUGCAGCACUGUAGUAUGCCGGAAUUGUGCCAUCAAACCCCCGGCAUCGAUUGUGCUCCGCGACAGGCAUCGGCGUCUCUGCACGGCUUGUACGAAGGCGCCCAUCACCGAGCUUGUCAAGCCACCGCUACAGCCCACCACGCCUCUCACCUCAGAGAUCAUGCAGAACAAGAUCUGUCAUUGUGCUUCCGAGGGAGUAUGGCUUUGCCAGCCUUGUGGCAGGAGUAUACGCAAUUGUGAUCAGGAUUAUAAGGCUAUAUGGAAGUGGCGUGGUCAAUAUGGCGAACGGUUGGGCGGGCUUGGCACGGGUAUUGGCGAUGGCGAUCGCGGGGUGCCGUGCGGUCGUGAAGGCGAGUGCCACGGCGCCAAGGAUUGCGAGCACGAAACCGACUGUGACGCCGCAGACGCCGCGGCAGACAAUUAUUUCCUGCAGCAGCAGCAGCAGCAGCAGUCCCCACCAAAUGGCAGCAGCCCUAUUCUGCAUCACAACAGCCAUCUUACCUGGGCUUCCGGCAGCAGCACGCCCGGGACGCCGGAAUCGCCGCGCAGUGGCGGCAGUAAGAGUCCAGGAUAUGCACGCCACGAAGUUGAGGGUAUUGGUGGCCGCGUGAAAACUGUCCUUGUGCGCAUGGUAAAAGUGGGCGCGGGCGUACCCGAGUGGGAAGACGAGCUGGCGCGUGGACAGGUUUUGGGACGUGAGGUCUCGGGCACCGUCAGAAGCUGGUGUGGAUGGUGUCACCGGGUUAUUCCAGGGCACAAGGAUGUGGAGCGAGAUCUGCAAAAGCAGUCGGGUUCAAUACAGCCCGGUCUGCAGGAGAAGGCGUGGCAGCCGUCCUAUUCGUCUUCAUUACCACUUAGGAGUAGAUAG